AUGGACUACGACAGCUACCGCAACACCUCUCAUGAUAAUUACGACCCUCGUGACCCCCGAGCAUACGAAUCCUCGUACCGCCAUGACACCCCGCAUCAUGUUCCACUCCGUGGAAGGUCACGUUCCUCGUCCAACGCUGCUUCUGACGGAGUACCUCAGCCCGGCCAGCAGCCGCUCAAGAGCGCUAUAGGAAACGCUUUUGAUCAAUCGGAUGCAGCCAGGACCGUCCAUCCCGACCUCAUCGCCCAGAUAGCAGCUGAGGUGAAGAGGUCGGUGCUUGAUGAGAUCAAACAGAGUGGGCUUGGUGCAACGCCAGCUCAGCCUGCAGCACCGUCGCAGCAACACAUCCCACCCUCGCCUGACUCUACGACCGCAUCCUUCCCCACAAGAAACGUUUAUACGCCGCCAUCUCCCUUCUCCCAAGACACUCCUGGUCAACACGCUCCUCCACACGACCAUCCCAGCCGCGAACCAACAUUCGACGGAAGCACUGACGACCCUCGAACCCCUCGUCACAGCUCGAGCGCGCCUAUCGAUAUUCCACACCGAGAUCGAGCACCUGAGCGACCAGUUCGCGCUGUUAGGAUGGCAACGGACGACUUUACACCCAUCGAGAAGAUGUGGCAGCGUCUGUUCGAUCCAGAGGGCCGACCUCUGCCGCGUCUUGGAGAGUUCCUCCGUGGCCUUGCAAUGCAUCUGAUUGAAGAUUACGAACCAAAGAAGAGCCUCGUCAUCUCGCCUUCCAAGAUGCAGAAGUUCUACGAAGAUGUCAAGGUGCCGGAUGAGAUCUACCCCUGGCAAACGAUCUUUGGGGAGCUGUCCUAUACUGCAUUAGGAAGGGCCUACCAGAGCAUGCGCUGCCAGCACCACCUCAUCCAAGAGCACCCUGCAGAAGCCCCUUGCAUCCCAGCGCUGACCCCACAGGGCUUCCAAGAAUGGAUGACUGCCAUGAUCCAGGCCUACCCUGACACAGAGUACGAGCGGAUCUCGAGAGCUGCACUGGACAUGCCCAUUAGCAACGCGGACAACAUCAAAGAACGCUUCCCGAAAACCUUGCCUCGCCGCAUGUUUCCAAGGUCCGAGAACGUGCAAGCUCAGCAGAGGUGUGCCGCCAGCCUUUCUGCUGAAGGCGCUGGUCCACUGCGCAAGGCUCCCAGCUUCCCUCCACCCCCGCCUAAAGUAGACACCAGCAGCGCCGGCCCUAGCUUGGAGCGUGAGCGCAGCCCGUACGGCAGACAGCCUGAGGUCAAGAGCUGUGAUUCGGACAGCGAGCGUGAUACGGGCUUCGUGCCCAUCGAGCGACAGAGAAAUCCCUACUCAGCAACACCGAGUGGUGGCAAGAUGUACGACGACCUCUCCCAGAGCACGUACUCUGACACUACACCAGCGCCAUCUCAACGCAGACGUGCAGGAUCAACAGCCAGUCAGAGCCAAUGGGUACCACCCCCGAGCGACAACUACGAUCAACAAGGACCGCGACUAAGUACCCGUCGGACCAGAAGCCCCAACUUCUCUAGCUACGGCACCUAUUCGGACGGCAACAUCAAUGACACCCCCGCCAGCUACUACUCGUCCAACCUCCAUAACGUCCAAGACGACGGGCGCCGCCGCAGCAAGGACGAAGAGCUGUGGAGGAGUCGCCACAGGCGAAGCACCGUCGGCACAGACAGCAGCUCCCACGACCCCCCGUCGCGAUCGAGUCACGAUGAUUACAGAGCUCGCAACGGUGCCAGUGGGUACGACGACAGGGGGUAUGAACCGCGCCGCCACUAA